CAGGGAGGCCGCGGUAGCCGGCGGUGUUAGUCGAUGAGGAGCCGGCGGAGGCGGCGGGGGCGGCGGCGGCCAGGGCUCUCCAUGCGCAAGCGGCGGCGGCGGCGGGGGCGGCACUGGCAGUUUCUGCUCCCCGAGGAGGAUGAAGACAUUGUUUGAAGAGAUCAAAGCAUCAAUUAAAAAUAACUAUAACCAAGACCGUUCAUUUUGGAGGCCUGUCCUUCCCUGGGGAGGGGUUUUUACCAUCAAAGCUGGCCGCAAAGCAGUGUCCUGUACACCACUCUAUGUUGAAAUAAACUUGAAAAAUACCUGCACUAUAGAUGGAUUCUUGAUGUUACUAUAUGUCAUUCUUCAUGAAAAUGAAAAUUUUCCCAGAGAACUCUCUCUUCACUUAGGCAGAGAGUUUGUAGACUGUUUUCUUUACUUAAUGGACUCAUACAGUUUUACAACUGUGAAACUACUCUGGAUUUGGGACAAGAUGGAAAAACAGCAAUACAAAUCUGAAGUUCAUAAAGCUUCAUUAAUUAUUGAUUUGUUUGGAAAUGAACAUGAUAAUUUUACAAAGAAUCUGGAAAACCUUAUGUCCACCAUUCAAGAGAGUUAUUGUUCAAACUGGAGAUGUCCAACCCGAGUGCAGGAAGAUCAGCAGCGAACAAUUAACAUAAAUCCUCCCCAAGAAAUACCACAUGGAAACUUGAUUCGAUUGGCUGUGGAUGAAUUAUUUUGUUCCAAGAUAGAAUUAUGUGAAGAGCAAGGCUGUGGUGGGCUAAGAGAAUUUUCCCAGCGAGUUUUCUGCCACGGAGCACCCCCUUUUGUUGUCUUAAAUAUGCAGCACUGGAAAUCUGAAGAUCUGGCAUAUGUACCAUAUUACUUGGAUUUAUCUGAUCACAAGUAUUUGUUGGAAGGUGCCACAUUAUUUAACAAAGAGGAACAUCAUUAUUCUGCAGCUUUCCAGAUUGAUGGCUAUUGGAUGCACUAUGAUGGCCUCAGAAAUGUGAAUUUAAUUUUGUUAAAUAAACCACCAGAGUUUCUCCUCUUGUCAUCGUUGGUUUAUAUUCGAGCAACAGAAAAAUAAAUAUAGACUGAUGCUAAAUUAAAUUGUGUUCCCUCCUGCCCCUCCCCUCCAAAUUAAGGGCUCUUAUUUUCUGUAUACUUGGUAUCCAAGAAAAUUGUUGAACUAUAGUAGUUUCAGAGUUGUAUUAUCCAAUGCUAAUCCCCCAGGUAAAUGUUUUAUAUAGAGAAAAAAACUAUGCAAAAUGUUUGUAAUUCUUUUUAUAUUUCCUAAUUUUAUUUUUAUACAAACAUAUUUUAUGUUGAAAUAAAAAUAUCUUGUAGACUUCAAAUUUUGUAUUCAUAUGUACAUCAGAUCUGUUGAAAUUAAUGUACCUUUAUUCCCCAAAAAAUUGCAUUUUCAAUUAGAUGCUUUUUUCUUUCUUUGGAAUUCAAAUGAAAAUCAUUAAAUCCUGAAUCCACAUUUUGAGAAAAGCCAGGUUAAAAACCUUAAAUAAAAAGUUUAGAAAACCUCGAUAGUAUAAAAUUGACCUGAGUUGGGAAAAGGGCAUCUUCACAUUUUUGCUUCACACCCCAUUCCACCUACAACCCAGGGUACAUUAUGCAAUCAGCUAGAUUUCACUUGGAUGUGUAACUUGUCAAUGUCUUUUAAGUAUUUUUGUUGUUUUUUUUUCCUGACCUAGGAAUACCCAUUUUUAAAUAUUUUAUAAAUAUGUGUAUCCAUAUCUGACUCAUGCAAGGGCUUUAAUUGUUUUCCCAACAUUGCUGAGGGAAUUUUGUACUAGCUGAUCAAGUAUUAUAGUCCUUGCGAAUUUGAAGUGUUAAUUCCUAGGCAAGUGUUUCUUAAUGAAUAUAUAAUCAUCCUAAAGAUGUCAUUUCAAAAUAGUAGAAAUUAUAUUUUGCAGGAGUCACAACUGUUACUCUAUUAAAGAUUAAAGUAGGCAAAUUUAUUUCUCAUGCUAGUGAGUAUGUAAACAAUGUGUUAUUUUGUUGUAAAUGACUAAAAGGAAAAUUUGUCUUUGGAAAUUUUUUAUUUUUGACGUAAAUCGAAAUAUUAUUCAUCAGAGACAAAAAUAUACAUAUACUUUGGAUGUUUUAUGUGUCCUUGCCCAGUGAACUAAUAGCUUAACAGUUUGGUUUUUGGAUGCCACUACAACAUGUAUUUACAUUUAUCAGAAUGUUGUGCUCAUUAAAGCCCCCAAGAACUUUCUCAUCUAUUCAGUUGAAGAGAAGAAAAAUAAACAUCUUGAGGAAGUAUUGUCUCAAAAAUACGUAUUUAUUUUAUUGUCUAUACUUAAGUAUUCUACCUUAAUGAUUUUAUAGGAACCAUAGAGACUAAAUUCAUUUUAAUGUUGAGACGAGCAAACUAUUUUUUGAGAAUUAAAUUCACCCCACAUGCUAUACAUACAGUUAGCUUCCAUAUAUUAACAUAUUAAAUGAAAUCUCAAAUUGUCAUUGUGGUUCAAUUGAUACUUCAGAACACACCUGCCUUGAAGCAAUGCCAACAGGAAAACACUUUGUUAGACAAAAAGUUAUAAGUAUUUGUUUAGUGUUUGCCUAUGGUAUUUUUUAAAGGAUAUGAUUUAUGGAUGAACUUUACUGAACAAAAGCAAGGUGCACUUGGUAUUUGCUCUGGGUUAAAAAAGAAUAACUCACAUUUAUAUAGUGCUAUAAUAAGGUAAUGACAAAAGUAUAGAGAUAAUACAUAAAUUGAAUCUUUACUAAAAUUUUGCUUAACAUACAAAUUUUACUCGAUACCUGCACCUUAUUUAAAGUAAGUACUUGAUGCUAGUUGUUACAAAAUGGUGACUUACCUACCUCACAGGGUUGUUGUGAGGAUGAAGAUAAUGUCUGUAAAGAUCUUGACCACCCUGAAAAGGUGCUAAUAAAAAAAAAGCUGAUUCCCCCCCCCCCCUUUCA